UUUUGGUCCUAUCUUUCCCUUCAGUUUCACUUCCACCCGCGAGCAUUUCUGCCAUUCUCGCGUUCCGCUAGGGUUCCGGCGGGCUCCCACCGUCUCUCCUCGGAGGUGCAAUUCCGGCCGUGCUUCUCGCUCGCUCGCUGGAAUGCUCCGCGCGAGAUUGCCAGCGACAUGGACAGCAAGAAGUUGGUGCGAAGCGUCCUGGAGUCGUUCCUCCUCUCCGACGCUGCGGGCGAGGACGAGGCCAGGGCGGCCAACCUGACGUCCGAGGGGAGGCUGACGAGGUCGCCGUGGAAGCACCGGUGAGGGAAGUGAAGAUGGAGCUCGGCGAAAGUGGAGGACGCGUCAUUUGUGAGCUUUCAGAUAGGAGGUAUGUGACUCUUCAAGAUCAUAACGGCACAAAUAUGGUAUCGAUAAGGGACUACUAUAUCAAAGAUGGAAAGAAUUUUCCCAGUGCUAAAGGAAUUAGCUUAACAAAAGACCAGUGGUCAGCUUUGAGCAGUAGUCUCCCUUCUAUAGAGGAAGCCAUUAAAAAGAUGGAGUCAGAAUUAAGUUUCAGGUUUCAGUUCUUCAGUUUGCUGGUUUUCUCUUGCCAUGCUACGUAAUGGCCAGAUCUUGGUACAUACAAAGCCGUAGGAGACAGGAACUAUAUUGGCAAGAUCAUGGAUAGCUGUUUGUCUAUUUGUCCCUGAAGAGGGUGUGCUGCUUAUGGAUCUGACUUUCCGGAGUACUUGAUGUGGGGAACUGCAUUCCAACUGAAGGUGUGGUUGUAGUCUUUCUACUCUUACUCUGACCCUGGCCAAAAAUAGAAAAAAAAACCAUAAAAAUGGAAGGCAAAAGACUAGUACGAGUCAAAGAAAUGACAUGGAAAAGGAGAGAAAUUGACUGAUCAAUGUAAUGUGAGGGGAAUAUGAGAGACAAAAUUGAUGUAAAUGCGUGUUGAUGGUUUUUCUUUUUUUUCCGUAAGUUCUGAUUGAUCACAAAUCGACUGUUGUGGUUGUUCUGUAUCGGCCUUUCUAUGGCUAGUGAUCUCAGUGUGGACUCUGAUAUUUAAGAAUGAAAAGUGUAAAUAAUUUCCAUAUCAAUGAAUUGCUCGAGUAGGCAUUUUGCUUGUUGGAGCUUUAUAAA